UGGAGGAGUGAGUGAUAGGAUAAGCCUUCUCCAGAAUGUCGGGCAAAGACUCCAAGCCACACUGACAAACCAAACGAACAGAGGAUUGAUUAAACGAUAGAAGGAGAGAGCUUUGAUUACCCAUUUCCAGUUUUCAACUUUCCUUUCGAAGAUGGCCUCUUCAACUCUCUCAUUGUGCUCUUCUCUCUCCGUUCAAUGCAAAAUCUCACACAAACUGCGAACUCCAGUUGUCUCUAACAAUCCUAAUCUCCCCUUUCUCUCUCUUCCUUCUUCCCACAAGCUCUCUCUCUCCUCGAAUCGCCUCGCAUUCCCGCUUCCUCCGAGGGCCGCCGCCACCGAGUCCGAAGCGCCGCCGGUGCUCGAGGCCGAGGUCGAGACGCCGAAGCUCGAGGAGGACGCCGCACCAGCCGUCGAAGCCUCGCCGGAGGAGCCACCCCCCAAGCGCGAGGAAAUCUUCGCUGUGGUUAUGAUAGGAUCGCGCCAAUACAUUGUUUUUCCUGGGCGGUUUAUCUACACUCAGAGACUUAAAGGGGCCAAUAUUAAUGAUAAGAUUGUUCUCAAGAAAGUUCUGCUUGUGGGAACAAAAAACAGCACAUACAUUGGCAAGCCAGUGGUGACGAAUGCCGCUGUACACGCAGUAGUGGAAGAGCAAGGAUUAGAUAAAAAAGUAAUCGUCUUCAAGUAUAAGAAGAAGAAAAAUUACCGGAGAAAUAUUGGUCACCGUCAGCCAAUUACCCGGAUAAAGAUAACAGGCAUCACGGGCUAUCAAGACUAUCCCGCUGUCACACUUGACGAGGCUGCUGUAUGAUACAAGAUUUUAAUCUCAAAUCUUUUUGUCAAGGAAAUUUUCAUUUGCCUUUCUCUUUUGUAAGAUAUUAUUUGAAUCAAAUUUGCGAUUUAACAAUUUAAUAUAGUUAUUUACUUUUUUUUUUCUUUUUUUGAAAUCCAACAGUUCUUUUAAGACGGACCAAAUUUUCCCGA